AAGCGGUUCACUUCGUGCCCUUCAACUUUUAUUCAAAAUCAAAUUUUUAUAUUUUUUAAAAAACCCCAACGGUCGACAGUUAAAAGUGCGUGAAGAGUUCCCCUGUCAGUGUGAAUUAAAUUCUUUCUGCAGUUUUCGGCCUUUAAAAUGCCAGCCACAUUGCCCACAUCCGCCUACUUCCACCCACUUCCGCACACUUCAUCUCGAUGUUGCUAACAGAAUACCAAACGAGAGAGCAAUUGUUUCCUUUCCGGGCCCACUGACCCCAGAGACCCCGCCACGCAGACUCCACACUUGCCACAGCGCGCAGACCGAACAUGGUUUACCCGAGUGACACGUCGGACACCAACAACGAGGAGCUGGCACUGGAGCACAGUGUUGCACAUGGCGGCAUCAAUGGCAAUGGAACCGCCGCCGGACCCGGACCCGGAGCAGGAGCUAUUGGGCCAAAUGGCGACAACAAAGUCAAUCAGCGCCAAUAUGAGCCGCGAGAACGCUUCAUUAUCACCAAAAACGUGGUCGUGAUAGGCCUGGCCUUCAUGAUACAUUUUACGGCCUUCCACGGCACGUCGAAUCUGCAGAGCUCGGUGAAUGCGGACAAGGCCCUGGGCACAACCACCCUGGCGGUCAUCUACGGUUCCCUCAUCCUGUCCAACAUUUUCCUGCCCAUGACCGUGAUUAGUUGGUUUGGCUGCCGGCUGACCAUGGCUUUGGCCCUGUUCGCCUACAUGCCCUACAUCGCCGCCCAGUUUUAUCCCCGCUUCGAGACCCUGAUCCCGGCUGCCCUCAUGGUGGGCUUUGGCGGCGGCCCGCUGUGGUGCUCCAAGUGCACAUACCUCUCCACUGUGUCCGAGGCCCUCACCCAGGUGCGGGGCAACAGGUCGCGCAAGGAUGUCAACACUGUGCGGUUCUUUGGGCUGUUCUUCAUCUUCUACCAGAUGGCCCAGGUGUGGGGCAACCUGAUCUCCUCCUCGGUGCUCACGCUGAGUGCUCCGGCCAGUCAGUCGCCGGCGAAUGAGAGCCUGAAUCUGGAGCUGGAGAGGAGCAGGGUGGCCGAGCUGUGCGGGGCCCGCUUCUGUCCGGGAGUGAGUGCCGAGGCUAAUCCCAACCUAGUGCCUCCGGCUCCCGAGCAGAUCCAGCUGCUCAACUCCAUUUUCUUGGCCUGCAUGGCGGUGGCCGUAAUCCUGAUGAUCUUCGGUGUGAGUUCGCUUAAGCGCUACGGCAUGAAGCGCGGCGACACUGGCGAUGGCAUGUCCGGCCUGAAGCUGCUCACGGUGACCAUUAAUCUGCUGAGGAAGCGCAGGCAAAUUCUGAUGCUACCCAUUACCAUGUUCAUUGGCCUGGAGGAGGCCUUCCUCGCCGUGGACUUUACCCGCUCCUUUGUGGCCUGCGGCUGGGGCAUAUCCCGGAUUGGCUUCGCCAUGAUCUGCUUUGGGGUGGCAAAUGCGGUGGCCGCCGGUAUUGCGGGGGCUCUGGUGGAGCGCAUUGGACGGGUCACCCUGGCUGGCCUGUGUGCUGUGCUCAACAUCUGCCUGCUCGUGUACAUGUACAGCUGGGAGGCGCGGGAAGGUGAUUACCUGAGGUACUGCACCUUUGCCGCCAUUUGGGGCAUUUGCGAUGGGGUCUGGCUGGUUGUGGUCAAUGCUUUUUAUGGCAUUCUGUUCCCGAACCACCUGAUAGCCGCUUAUAGCAACUUUAGGCUGUGGGAGAGCACGGGUUCUGUGAUUGGAUACGUCAUCAGCUCGCAGCUUUGCACUUCCACGAAAUUGAUGAUUUUAAUGGCCGUUAUGCUGGUGGGCUGCGUGGGAUAUGGCCUUAUUGAGUACCGCGUUUGGCAGAAGCAAAAGAACCUGGAGGUCAUGCUUAGUGACUGAUAGAUAGCCUAGGAGCCAAGCCGACACUUGCCAUAGGUUUAUAUUAUUAAAAUUAGAAUUAAAAUUAUCCAACAAAGUCACUGUUUCCCCUUACUUAUAAAUCCCAACCAGUUUUCCUCCUUGUGAUAUUGCCAAAAUAGUAAAUAAGUCUAGAGUAUGCUUUAAUUUUUUAAAUAGUAUUUUUUUAUUACAAUCAUUUAAAUAUUUUUGUUCAGUUGUAGCUGUUUUGUUGCUAUGUACCAUUUAAAUUUCGUAGUUUAAAUAUUGUUUCUUUUGUGUGUUCUUUUCAUUCAUGAUUUUGUUGUCUUUUUAAAUUGCUACAUAAAGUUGCUUAUUCUAAA